GGGGAGAAGAUGUACACUUGCUCUUAGAACUAGUAGAAGUUCUUCAAUGGCUGCAAUGGUGCUUCUUCUCGGGUUUUUAUUGGCAACCCUUCAGAUAACAGGAGUGAAAUCAGUGGGUGUAUGCUAUGGAAUGCUAGGCAACAAUCUACCACCAGCAUCACAAGUGGUAGCUCUGUAUAAAUCUCGCAACAUCGACCGCAUGAGAAUCUACGAUCCAAAUCAAGCAGCUCUUCAAGCCCUUAGGGGCUCCAACAUUCAACUCAUGCUGGGUGUCCCAAACUCGGACCUCCAAGGCCUCGCCACCAACCCUUCCCAAGCACAGUCAUGGGUUCAAAGAAAUGUGAGGAACUACUGGCCCGGCGUCAGUUUCCGGUACAUCGCAGUCGGGAACGAAGUGAGUCCCGUCAAUGGAGGCACAUCACGGUUUGCGCAGUUUGUUCUGCCGGCCAUGCGAAACAUACGAGCAGCACUCGCAUCAGCAGGCCUCCAGGACCGAGUCAAGGUCUCCACCGCAAUCGACUUAACACUUCUGGGCAACUCCUACCCUCCAUCUCAAGGCGCUUUCCGGGGAGAUGUGAGGGGUUAUUUGGAUCCCAUCAUCCGCUUCCUGGUAGACAAUAAGUCGCCGCUUCUGGCGAAUAUAUACCCUUAUUUCAGCUACUCAGGCAACCCCAAGGACAUAUCUCUUCCCUACGCUUUGUUCACUGCAAAUUCAGUUGUUGUAUGGGACGGCCAGCGCGGGUAUAAGAAUCUGUUCGAUGCCAUGCUAGAUGCUCUGUACUCGGCUCUGGAGAGGGCCGGAGGGGCGUCGUUGGAGGUGGUGCUGUCGGAGAGUGGCUGGCCGUCUGCCGGGGGAUUUGGGACUACGGUUGAUAAUGCAAGGACUUAUAAUUCGAAUUUGAUCCGCCACGUCAAAGGCGGGACUCCGAAGAGGCCAGGAAGAGCCAUAGAGACUUACCUCUUUGCCAUGUUUGAUGAGAACAAGAAGGAGCCGCAGUUGGAGAAACAUUUUGGGCUUUUCUUUCCAAACAAACAGCCGAAGUACUCUAUCAACUUUUCUGGAGAAAAACCUUGGGAUGUGUCUAGUGAAAAUGAUACAAAUGAAGAAUCCCUCAAGAGUGACAUAUAAGCAUUGCAAUAACAAUGCUUUAUUUCCAUGUAUCUUAGCUUUUCAGCGUUAAGAGCAUAUAAUAAAGUGAAGAACUAUAGCCUUGUAAAAUCCUUUAUUUCCAUGUAUCUUAUCUUCAUAUGUUACAUCUA